AUGGAUUCUCCUACUGAUCCUACACAACUCGAGUCCGUUGAGGAGAACGAUACUCUCCCUGAGUUACCCCUCGGCACCUCCACUGCCGCUGCGUACAUCGGCGCUGCCAUCCACAAUGCCACCUUCGCGCAGCCUCCCCCCUCUCCUCGCACCCCCGCCCAGGCUGUUAAUGUCGACUACUUUGACCCUGCCGGAGUGGGCGAGCUCCGCCGCUCCAUGUCCCGCGUCUCAGAGAGAUCCGUUCUGCGGCCUCGCUCACAACGGGCUCUUUCAGUUGUCUCUAGGCAUGCUCCUUCUGACGUCGAGUCAGAGGCCACCGUAGCUGCCACCGAUGGCCCGUUUGACUUUGAGAAAACCCUCAAGUCUGUCAUGAGAAGAAUUGACGAGUCCGACAUCACGAAAAGACAGCUCGGGGUCGCUUUUGAGAAUCUCCGAGUGGUUGGCCUGGGGGCCACUGCUACAUACCAGCCCACAAUGGGUUCCGAACUCAAUCUCAUGAAAUUCGCGGACAUCGUCAAGAACGCUCGCCAUCCUUCUGUGCGUGAUAUCCUAUCAGGAUUUGAGGGUUGUGUUAAACCGGGCGAGAUGCUUCUCGUACUAGGACGCCCCGGCGCCGGGUGCACUACUCUUCUAAAGGUCCUAGCAAACCAGCGGAGCGACUAUCACGCAGUACACGGCGACGUGCUCUAUGAUUCGUUCACCCCUGAAGAGAUUGCGAAGCAAUAUCGCGGUGACAUUCAAUACUGCCCCGAAGACGAUGUCCAUUUUGCCACCCUAACAGUAAGGGAGACGCUCGACUUUGCCGCAAAGACCCGAACGCCACACACCCGUAUUCAUGAGUCGCGCAAGGAUCAUAUCCGCACAAUCACCGACGUUAUCAUGACGGUCUUUGGUCUGAGACACGUGAAAGACACUUUGGUCGGUGAUGCCAGGGUUCGUGGUGUCAGUGGUGGAGAGAAGAAACGUGUGUCUAUCAGUGAAGUGCUCACAUCGCGCAGUUUGUUGACAUCCUGGGACAAUUCUACCCGUGGACUCGAUGCGUCCACCGCCCUUGAGUUCGUGCGCGCCCUGCGGCUUGCCACGGACAUUGCCCACGUCUCAACCAUUGUCUCGAUAUAUCAAGCCGGCGAGUCGUUGUAUGAACUCUUCGACAAGGUUUGUGUCAUCAACGAAGGCAAGAUGGCCUACUUCGGGCCAGCUGACCGCGCACGUCAAUACUUCAUCGACAUGGGAUACGAGCCUGCAAAUCGCCAGACUACUGCCGAUUUCCUUGUUGCUGUCACAGACGCCCACGGACGCAUCUUCCGGUCGGACUUCGACGGCGUGCCGCCGCGCACUGCAGACGAGUUCGCCGAGUAUUUCAAGAGAAGCGAACUGGGGCGCUUGAACAAGGAGGAUUUAGAAUCAUACCGCGAACAGUUUGUGGGUCAACCCGAUAAGAAGGAUAUUUACCGUCUCAGCCAUCGUGCGGAGCAUGCGAAGACGACCCCCCUUAACAGUCCUUAUAUUAUCUCGAUUCCGAUGCAGGCGCGGGCGCUCAUGCUUCGGCGACUUCAAAUCAUCAAGGGUGCAAUUGCGACGCAAGUAAUUCAGAUAAUGUCGUUCGUCUUGCAGGCCAUUAUCAUUGGCACGAUCUUCUUACGGGUGCAGAACUCAACUGCGACCUUCUUUUCUCAGGGAGGUGUGCUUUUCUUUGCGCUUCUAUUCUCGGCCCUUUCGACAAUGGCAGAAAUUCCUGCACUCUUUAUUCAGCGGCCUAUUGUUCUACGGCAUUCGCGGGCAGCCAUGUAUCAUCCAUUCGUUGAAGCUCUCGCUCUGACACUAGUAGACGUUCCCAUCACAGCCGUGACGAUCAUCAUCUAUUGCAUCGUACUAUACUUCCUCGUUGGCUUGCAGCAAUCCGCAGGACAAUUCUUUAUUUUCUUAUUAUUCAUCUAUAUCAUGACGCUCACGAUGAAGGGUUGGUUCCGAAGUCUAGCAGCAGUGUUCAGAAGCCCAGCACCUGCACAGGCGAUUGCUGGAAUAUCCGUCCUGGUUUUGACACUAUACACUGGAUACUCCCUUCCCCAGCCUUAUAUGAUCGGCGCACUUCGCUGGAUCACGUAUAUUAACCCGCUCAAAUACGCAUUCGAGGCCCUGAUCGUGAAUCAAUUCCACACAAUCAACGCCCAGUGCGCGAGUUUGAUACCGUCUGGUCCGGGAUACGAAAAUGUGUCCAUCACAAAUCAGGUCUGUACCACUGUCGGCUCGGAGCCUGGUCAGGCAACCGUGAAUGGGUUACGGUAUGUCGAGCUGUCGUUUGGUUACUCUUACAGCCACCUUUGGCGGAAUUUUGGUGUUGUCGUCGCAUUCGGCAUUGGUUUUACCUGCAUCCUCCUGUGCUUGUCAGAGUAUAACCUGAGGGUAGCUGGCGACUCCUCCGUGACGCUGUUCAAACGCGGAUCGAAAACGCAAGCCGUAGACUCAGUGAGUACGAAUGACGAAGAGAAGCAUACCAGUAGCGAAGGGGAAACAGGUCCCAUCGUAGUGAACUUGGAAGAGGCCAGGAAGGCAAUGGAAGCAACUCCGGAGUCUAAGAACACAUUUUCAUUUGAGAACUUGACGUACGUCGUGCCUGUGCACGGCGGGCACCGCAAGCUCUUGGAUGGGGUAUCGGGAUAUGUUGCUCCUGGAAAGCUGACCGCACUUAUGGGCGAAUCUGGCGCUGGAAAGACGACACUGUUGAAUGUUUUAUCGGAGAGGACUUCUGGUGGUGUCGUCAGCGGGAGCCGCUUCAUGAACGGACAAUCGCUUCCCUCAGACUUCCGUGCACAGACUGGAUACGUGCAACAAAUGGAUACACAUCUACCUACUGCGACAGUGCGAGAGGCGUUGCUCUUCUCGGCCCAGCUCCGUCAGCCUGCAUCGGUAUCGCUCGCGGAAAAAGAGGCGUACGUCGAGAAGUGCUUGAAAAUGUGCGGCUUGGAAUCGCACGCGGACGCGGUCGUCGGCUCGCUUGGCGUCGAGCACCGUAAGCGAACAACGAUUGGUGUGGAGUUGGUCGCGAAGCCGUCGCUGAUCUUCCUCGACGAGCCCACCUCCGGUCUGGACUCGCAGAGCGCUUGGGCCAUUGUGUGCUUCUUGCGUAGUCUUGCGGAUAGUGGACAAUCGAUUGUGUGCACGAUUCACCAGCCGUCGGCAGAGCUUUUCGAAGUUUUCGACAGGCUGCUGCUCCUGCGUAAGGGCGGACAAACGGUGUAUUUCGGCGAUCUUGGGCCCAAAUCAACUACAUUGAUCAACUACUUCCAAAACAGUGGAGGACGCCAGUGCGGUGCCGCGGAGAAUCCUGCUGAAUACAUUCUCGAUGUCAUUGGUGCCGGAGCUACGGCGACAAGUGAUAUCGACUGGAAUGAAGCUUGGAAGAAGUCUGACUUUGCGCGCAAUCUCGUCACGGAGCUUGACGACAUACAUACGGAGGGUCGCGGGCGUCCUCCUGUCGAAGUCGUCCUCAAGAGCUCCUUUGCAACACCGUGGCUGUUCCAGGUGGGGACGCUGAUCAAGCGCGAUCUGCAGAGCCACUGGCGCGACCCGUCGUACAUGUUGGCAAAGAUGGGUGUCAACAUUGCUGGUGGCCUUCUCAUUGGGUUCACAUUCUUCAAGGCGAAGGAUGGAAUUCAAGGCACACAGAACAAGCUUUUCGCUAUAUUCAUGUCCACCAUUAUCAGCGUCCCACUUUCCAAUCAGCUUCAGGUGCCAUUCAUUGAUAUGCGCUCCAUUUACGAAAUCCGCGAACGGCACAGUAGCAUGUAUAGCUGGACGGCGCUGCUCACUUCUCAGAUCUUGGUUGAGAUGCCAUGGAAUAUCUUGGGCUCGACGAUCUACUUUUUGUGCUGGUAUUGGACUGUAGCCUUCCCUACCGAUCGUGCAGGCUUCACCUAUCUCGUUCUCGGCGUCGCCUUCCCGCUGUACUACACUACCGUCGGACAGGCAGUCGCGGCUAUGUGCCCCAAUGUUGAGAUAGCGGCGUUGGUGUUCUCGUUCUUGUUUUCUUUCGUGCUUUCCUUCAAUGGUGUUCUUCAGCCUUUCAGGGAGCUUGGUUGGUGGAGAUGGAUGUACCGCCUCUCUCCUUACACGUAUCUGAUUGAGGCUCUUCUUGGACAAGCCGUCGGUCACAGCGAAAUCACUUGCGCCCCAGUAGAGCUUGUGAAAGUAGAACUUCCGUCUGGCCAGACUUGCGAUCAGUACCUCGGGAAUUUCAUCAACACGGCUGGUGGUUAUGUCACCAGCCCUAAUGCGACGGGCUCCUGUGAGUAUUGUGCGUACCGUACCACGGAUGCGUUCCUUGGCGAGAGCUUCAACAUCUCCUAUUCGAAUCACUGGAGAGACUUCGGCAUCUUCUGUGCUUUUAUUAUAUUCAAUAUCGCAUGUAUCUUCUUGUUCACGUAUCUGUUCCGCAUACGAACUGGUAGCGUUGUUGGAUGGGUCAAGAAGCGUCUCGUCAGGAGAUCGUAG